AUGGAGCCGCAAGCAUGGGACCCGACCAUCGAACCACGGCCCGUCCGCGAGGCGCGAGGGUUUGUGACCUGCCUUCGUCUGUCAUUGCUGAGUUCUUUCAGAAGAGGAAGGCGCCGGCGAAGCCAGCAGAUUUUUUUGCUCCCCUUGACGCAGCUCAAUGAAGAUCACUUUCAAGAAGCCGCGCGCACGGACCUGGCCGGUCAUCGCCACUGCAGUCAGAGGUUGGAUCCAUUUCUGCAGAAGGGCGCCAGGACUGCGCGUGACGGGCCACAGCGGCUGGGCGGCGGGCGCAGCCGCACGCGGGAGCUAUCGCCGAUCCAGGCUGCACAUGAAGCGACGUCCAAGAAGAAAGCCAUGAAAAAGGUCCGCGGCCGCAGGAAUAGCAUCUCAGUCGAAGCUCCCGCGGAACCGCGACCUGCUUCUGGGUUGGCACGACCUCUUGGGCGAGAUCCGCAGCUCCUCCCGCCGCCUGCGCUCCGCGCGCGGCGGUGCCCACGCCGAGAACGAGGUCCCUGCGCCCCGCGCGGCCUCGCCGCGGCCGGAGACGGCCGAGACCCGGCCGAGGACGGAAGAGAGUCGAGCGGGCACCGCUGA